UGCCUGCAACAGCUGGUAGCACGAGAAUAAUCCCAAUAUUGGCCUAUAAAUGUCCCAAGUCCAACCCUUUCUUCAACCACUGCCUCAACCCAUCUCUAUAAUCUCCACAAAACAACACAAAUGAUGGAAAUCUUCUCCCUCUUCCUCCUUCUAGUAAUACUCUUCAUCUCUUUUACCAUUUUCUUCUUCUUCUCCAAAGCAUACAAAACAAAUCCCACAAAUGAAAACCUCAAACUCCCACCGGGAAGCACAGGCUGGCCCAUCAUCGGUGAAACUUUUGAGUACAUUAAAAUGGUAAGAAAAAAUUGCAUCGAAAACUUUAUAUCAGAGAGGCAAAAGAAAUACCAAUCCAAGAUUUUCAAGACCUCUUAUAUCGGCCAAAUCAUGGUGUUCAUGUGCACACCGGAGGGGAACAAAUUCCUCUUCUCCAAUGACAGCAAACUUGUCAAACCAUGGUACCCCAAAACCUUCGACAAAAUUUUCGGUCAGUCAGAUAACACUUUAAGUGAAUCACCGGAGGAGAUCGCCAGCAUCCGGAAAACGGUUGCCACAUUCUUCAGCCAGCCGGAAGCACUUCGAAAAAACUUAGGAAUUAUUGAAGAAAUAGCAAAAGAGCACCUGCAAAAGUUCUGGGAUGGCAAAGAAGAAGUUAUAGCUCAUCCACUACUCAAGAACUUUACCUUCACUUUAUCCUGUAGAUUAUUGUUAAACGUUCGGGAUUUGGAGACCAUCAAAGAGCUCGAGAAGCUGUUUAGCUGCAUAAUGGCUGGGAUCAUCUCUUUGCCUGUAGACUUUCCGGGGACAAAGUUCAAUCGGGCAAUUAGGGCAUCAAAGGAGAUUCGGAAGAAGUUUGAAGUUAUUAUAAGGAAGAGGAAGGUUGAGAUUAUGGAGAAUGUUGGUAAAUGGGAAGAUUCAUCAAAAGAUUUCUUGACAUUGUUCAUAGUUCAGAAACUGAAGGAUAAUAAAGAGGUGAUUGAAUCAGAACUUGCAGUAACGAUAUUGGGGAACAUAGUUGCUGCUCAUGACAAUUCAAGCACCACUUUAUCAUCAAUUCUCAAGUAUCUUGCAGAGCUACCUGAAGUUUAUGAAGAAGUCUAUAGAGAGCAAAUGGAGGUAGCAAAUUCAAAAGGAAAUGAAGAGGCAUUGAGUUUGGAGGACGUAAAAAAGAUGAGCUACUCAUGGAAUGUUGCAAGUGAAGCCUUAAGAUUGCAACCAACAACAGCAUCAACUUUCAGAGAGGCCAUUACUGACUUCAACUUUGAUGGAUAUCGAAUUCCCAAAGGAUGGAAGCUGCAUCGAGCGGUACAUGCCACGCAUAAAAACUCAGAAUAUUUCCCAGAGCCAGACAAGUUUGACCCAUCAAGAUUUGAAGGGAAUAAAAUUGUCCCUUACUCGUAUGUGCCAUUUGGGGGAGGUGCUCAUAUUUGUCCUGGAAGAGAGUAUGCUAGAUUACAAAUACUUGUCUUCAUGCACCAUUUGGUCAAAAGAUUUAGGUGGGAGAAGGUGUUCCCUGAUGAGCAAAUGAUACGGAACCCAAUUUUAGUGCCGGCCAAAAACCUCCCAAUUCGGCUUCAUCAUCAUCUUGAGUAAUCAGAUUUUGUUUUUGCUGGCCUUUUGUAUUUCUUAUUUGAUGUUUUCAAUCAAUCUUAUGAUACCGUUUAGAACUA